AUGUCAAGAAUCUGCAUACAAUUCUUGGAUCGAUUCGACUCGCAGUUAGUCAGAUCAGAGAUUCUUAUAAACAUCGGGACAUUUGAAAUGGAGUUAUCAAACAACAUUGCUACAGCCUUGAUGAAUUCCAUGAAAAAUGCAUCUGAUUGGGUGACAUUUGCAUACGAUGCGCCUUUUGCUCGAGCUGUUGUUUUUGGAGUCCCCAUUGGAGGACAUUUGUUUGUGGAAGGUCUAUUACUUGUAGUUAUUCUCUUCUUACUAUCUCAAAAGAGUUACAAGCCACCUAAACGCCCUUUAACAAAUAAGGAAAUAGACGAAUUAUGUGAUGAAUGGGUACCCGAGUCUCUUAUUCCACCUAUAAAUGAAGAGAUGGAAACGGAAGCUCCAGUAUUGGAGAGUGCUGCAGGACCACAUACAAUAAUAAAUGGUAAAGAAGUGGUGAAUUUUGCUUCUGCGAAUUACCUAGGAUUGAUGGGAGAUGACAAGUUACUUGAGUCAUGUACUUCUGCUCUCGAGAAAUACGGUGUUGGUUCCUGUGGUCCUCGUGGAUUUUACGGAACAAUUGAUGUUCACCUUGAUUGUGAAGCAAGAAUAGCGAGGUUUCUAGGAACGCCUGAUUCCAUACUUUAUUCUUAUGGACUUUCGACUAUGUUUAGUGCAAUUCCAGCAUUUUGCAAGAAAGGAGAUGUUGUUAUUGUAGAUGAAGGUGUUCACUGGGGCAUACAGAAUGGGUUAUAUCUAUCUAGAAGUACAAUCAUAUACUUUAAGCACAACAACAUGGAGUCCUUACAAACUACACUUGAGAAAGUCACCCAAGACAACAAACGAACUAAGAAGUUGAGACGCUACAUCGUGGUUGAAUCUGUAUAUCAGAAUUCAGGUCAAAUCGCACCACUUGAUGAGAUAAUCAGGCUGAAAGAGAAGUACAGAUUCCGUGUUUUAUUAGAUGAAAGCAACUCUUUUGGGGUUCUUGGUGGAUCUGGUAGAGGUUUAACUGAACACUACAAUGUUCCCGUUGAGAAGGUGGAUAUAAUAACAGCUGCUAUGGGACAUGCAUUGGCCUCAGAAGGUGGAUUCUGUACAGGAAGUAAUAGAGUUAUCGAUCACCAACGGCUGAGCAGCUCUGGUUAUGUGUUCUCGGCUUCUCUCCCACCAUACUUAGCAAGUGCUGCAAUUACUGCGAUUGAUGUGAUAGAAGCAAACCCUAAACUUCUAACAAAGUUAAGGGACAACAUCAAGACAUUAUUUACAGGGUUGUUGGGAAUACAAGGAUUAAAACUUGCAAGUGAUAUACUUUCACCUAUUGUGUUCCUAGUAUUGAAGGAAUCUACAGGGUCUAUGAAGAGUGAUCUUCAGUUGCUUCAGGAUAUUGCUGAUCGGGUAUUGAAGGAACAUUCGGUUUUUGUGGUACCUUCUAGAAGAUCGACACUUGAUAAAUGCAAGCUGCCUGUUGGGAUUAGAUUGUUUGUGUCGGCUGCUCACACGGAAUCUGAUUUAAGGAAAGCAUAUGAAGCACUGAAGACUGUUGCUGCUUCAGUACUCACGCCUCAAAACUGAAUACCAAAUUGCAGGAAAUUUCUUCUUUUUUCCAUUUUUUUUCAUAAAAAAAACCAUUAAUUUAUUUGAUAGUUUAUUGUAUCAUUCUUGACAUAUCUAAUUGAUUUUCUUCAUAAUUUUGUUUCCUUAUUGACACUUAGCUUCUUUUUACGCCAGCUGGAAUGAAAUCUUAAUUUAUUCGUUU